UCUAUAGCCUUUCCUAGCCUUACUACCUGACCGCUGCGCAAACCCCAUCAGAAAUUUUGCGAAAAGCACGCACGAACAAUGUUUAACGUCAAAUUGUAUAAUAAAUCAAAUGGUCUGACGAAGACUAGUGCAAUGAAGUAUCUAGAAGAGUAUAAGAAUAUAUUUAAUUGGAAAAGAGACUCAACAAUCCUAGACAUUGGUUGUGGCGAUGGGAGUUUGACAUCAAAAAUAUUCAAAGAAUUAAUUCCUACUUGCAAGACCAUGACGGGCUGUGACAUAAAUGAAGAUAUGAUACAAUUCGCAAAAGAACACUAUGCUUUGGAUUGCGUUGAUUUCACUACCCUUAACAUAGAGGGAGAGCUGCCCGAUCAGCUAAGGGAACGUUUCCACCAUGCCAUUUCCUUUUUUGCUUUAAACUGGUGUCGUCGUCAAGAAACUGCGUUCCAGAACAUAUACGAUAUCCUUAGGGACCAAGGAAGUUGUUUCGCGAUUGUCGCAGAAAAAGCAUCAUUAUUCGAUGCCUACAGGUCCCUUGCUAAAGCCGAAAAAUGGAAGACAUGGGUUACUGACGUUGAAAGAUAUAUAUCUCCAUACCAUGACAGUCAAGAUUCCCUUAAAGAAAUGCAACAAUUAUUAGGAAAAAUUGGAUUUACUAUAACAAAAUUAGAAGUCAAGAUAGUAAAUCACGUCUACGAAAGUCAAGAGAAUUUCAAAGAUGCGUUGAUGUCUUUGGUGCCUUUCAAGAUCCCGGAUGAGUUACGUGACGAUUUUUUAAUAGACUUAAGCCAAGAAAUACAGAUGAUUGACACUGAAAAGUACAAUUACAAGAAAUCAACUAAUGAUAAUGUCCAUAACGUGCAAGUACUCGUUUUAUACGUUGAAAAAAAGUUAUAAUGUCUGGAUUUGUUUUUUUGAAUAUUAAUUGUUCUUAAAUUGAAAUGUAACAUUGAAAUAUAAAAUACAUACAAUUAUUGAA